CAGUAUUCCUCCGCCAUGCCCCUAUUCAGCUGGAUGAAAUGGUUGCGUGCUGAAGGAGAACAGGCUCAAGAUGAGGGGACGUCUGCUAAGUCCACAGGGGUAUUACCCAGCUGUACAUUGAUCAGGGAGCUGCUGUGGCACGUGGAGGAGAGGGAGCGCCUGGCACGGGAGGUGGAGCGGGAACACAGGUUGGCCCACAACACCGUGGGAUACCCCCACUGGCUUCAGAGCUACCCAAGGUUACGUACGCUGAUCCCCGCAUCGGAGCGUCACCAGUUGGAGCGUUUGUGUGCCCAAAUCCAGCCCAUACAGACCGCCACGGUGCUCUCCAGGUUCCGAGAGGUGCUGGCCAGCAACAACAUCCUGCCCUGGGAGCUGGUGUACGUCUUCAAGCAGGUGCUGAGAGACUUCCUCAACAAAGAGGAAGGGGAAGAAGAGGAGGAGCAUCUGCCGCAGCCAGCACUGCUUGGGCCAAUGGAGGAAUGGACCAACCGAUACCAAAUGAAGCAGGGCUUUGUCACACCCACCGUGCCGGACUGUGGUGAGCCCCUGAGAGAGGAGAUCCCAACCAUCUCUGGAUAUGUGGACCGUACUAUGAGAGGCUCUAGUCCUUUCACUGCCCAUAGGGACUGGGACCUUCCCUACUACUACCGUCACCCAGUGCCACACAACUCCCCAGAGGCCUACAGCACCAUGCUGUGAGAGGAGACAGGGUGGUAAAGUAGUCCCCAACUCAUGACCAUGCUUACCUUCUAUCCUUGUUAUGUCAUGCCUGAAAGAGUUGUAAAUCCACCCCCCAAAAUGUGCAUAAAAUGUUAGAUUUAUUCAUUUGAAUGUAUGAACUGCAACACAAUCUUGCACAGGACAAACACUUGGGGACAGAUUCAGACAUGCCACAAUGUAUACUGCUAUCUACCUGAACUAGGGGUGCAUCUCAAUACUAGCUACUGCAAUAGGCUAGUCUACUAGCGAGCCUACUUCAUUUACACUGACAAGUCAACCCGUGCUUAGACAUUAGACAUUUUGGCUACAGAGUACCAUGAGUCAUAAUACCCAUAAAACAUACCGGUCAAACAAGGAAAUGUUCCUAUUGUUUUUCCACCAUUCAUUUUUCCCAUAAGGGAUUUUAGAAACACUUCAAAUAAGGGCUGUGUUUUGUGAAGGCUUAUUCUGGCAUAACAAUAAUCCAUCCACCUGACAGUUGUGGCAUAUCAAGAAACUGAUUAAACAGCAUGAUCAUUACACAGGUGCCCCUUGUGUUGGGGACAAUAAAACAUCACUUUAAAACGUGCAGUCUUGUCACAACACCACAGGUAUCUGAAGUUUAGAGGGGGCGUGCAAAUUGGCAUGCUGACUGCAAGAUGUCCACCAGAGCUGUUGACAGUUAAUUUAAUGUUAAUUUCUCUACCAUAAGCUGCCUCCAAUAUCAAUGUAGAGAAUUUGGUAGUAUAUCCAACAGGCCUCAAAACAGCAGACCACGUGUAACCAUGCACAGCCCAGGACCUCCAUAUCAGGCUGCUUCACUUGUGAGAGGAGUAUUUGUCUGUAAUAAAGCCCUUUGUGGGGAAAAACUCAUUCUGAUUGGCUGGGCCUGGCUGCCAAGUGAGUGGGCCUAUACCCUACCAGGCACACCUAUGGCUGCACCGUUCCCAGUCAUGUGAAAUACAUAGAUUAGAUUACAUAGAUGUAGGUAGCCUGAAGAUCCAACGUUGAAUCACGUAGAAUUCUACAUCAGCGAGAAAUGAUCGUUUGGGUCAGGAAAGUUUCCUCUCAUUACCUCUACAAGCAAGAAUGCUGAAUAAAAUAAUACUUUACCGGUUGUCCGUGAGGCUGGUCAUUUUGCAGACAAUACAUCCACAGGAAAGUAUAAUUACGGCAACUUUUCAAAGCUCUGUGCGUUCAGAUUUAUAUCACCCGAAGCAUGUGCACAAUAUGAAAAUAUACAAACGUAUGCAUACUUAACGAGCUGGUGCAAGUGUUUACAUGGUUCUGCUCAUGCUUCAGGUGAGAGAUCGCAACACACUAUAAACGUUUUGAAAAGUUGAUGUAAAUUUACUUGUCUGUGGAUAUUGUCUCACCUUUCUACCUGCAAAAGGACAAACUGCACGGACAACCGGUAAAGUACGUUAAAAAAAAUGUAUUCAACAGUCUCUUAUGAGAAGACAUUUCCAAACAUUUGUAAAUUAUAGCAUUAAUCUCAGACUGAACCAGAGUAGAGGUACCAGUCUGAUUGUCAGGCAAGUACCAAUGUAGCUAGCUAACACUAAAGUAUAAAGUUCCAGUCUGGUAAAUUAGCUACUGUGCUACAGUGCGAGGGAACAUGUACAAUUGAACCAUUCUACAUUAUCUAGCUAGCCAGUUUACUUACCUCUGUCUUGAUGACUCCUCCGAAUUUACUUUUUUUGGAGGUUCAUCUGUGAUUCUAAUGUUAGCAAAUUGGGUGCCCAAUGUAAACCAUUCUGUUCUGCAGUUAUUGCUUUGUUCAUGUUUAAUAUUUUGUGGACUCCAGCGAACGCUUCGAUUGGUCUGUGUUCAAUGGUGAUGCUGCAGAAUUCUAAAUUAGUUCAAAGGCACGUGACAGUACAUCUGCUAAGGGGUUCCAACAGUCAUAAACCCCGCUUAUUAAAAUGUUAUUUUAAACCUAACCUUAACCACACUGCUAUCCGUAUGCCUAUCCCUAACCUUAAAUAAAGACCAAAAAACGACUUUUGGUUUUCAUACAUUUUUUACGAUAUAGCCCAUUUUGACUCUGCU